AUGCGCCACCACUGCGUUACUCAAUCCGCUACCUGCUCCGCCGUUCUUUCCGCCAACCAUUCCGCCGCUCGUUCCGCUGCACAUUCCGCCACCCGUUCCGCCACUCGUUCUCUUCCCCGCGCACGUUCACGCGGGAUUGAGGCGCGGAAGCCUCCUUUCGUUCUCCCAGUCUUGCACGCGCCGCCGUCAUUUCCCCAAACCGGGGUGGCGCUCUGCGGAAGCAGCGGCGUGAAAUUCACUACUGGAUUCAGCAGCAGGUUCGGGAGGAGUAGUAGCGAAAUCCCAAGGCCCGGGCCGUACCAAGGUCCGAGGCUCGAAUCAGGUCCGACAUUCGGGUCAGGUUCGAGGCUCGGAUCACACCACGCCGCCUGGCUCGGUUCAGGUCUGGUCCGGCGCAGCAACUCGACGGGCCUAGGGGGAAGGCUCGGCAGCAGCCACGGAUGUGACAGUAGCGGGGGACAGGUUGGGGGGGAAAGGGGGAGGCGGAGUGCGGGAAAAGCGAAUGUGCGUAUAACGAGGGACGUGCGGGCGGCGGUGGGGGUGGAGAUUGGCUCGUCGGCGGCUCAGGAUGUGAUUGGAACGCUGGGGCUCGAUACACUCACGUUCCUGGUGGCCACCGUUAUUGUCAUCCCCUUCUUCCGCAGCUUCAAUGCAAGCCCGAUCCUCGGCUUCCUGCUCUCAGGAGCGGCGCUCAACCAGCUGGGGCUCAUCUCAUCCUCAGCUUUCUGUUGUCUCAACACUCAUCCCCUCCUCCCCUCCCAUCCUCCCAUCCACCCCUCCAUCCUCCCCUCUUCCCCACUCCACCAGAUUCUCGGCUUUAUGCUCUCAGGAGUGGCCCUCAACCAGCUGGGGCUCAUCCCUUCCUCAGCUUUGCGGCGUCUCAACAAGACCCCUCCUUUCCAUUGCGGCUCUCUCCUCUCCCCCUCAUGCCGUCAGAUCCUCGGCUUUCUGCUCUCAGGAGUGGCGCUCAACCAGCUGGGGCUCAUUCGCAACAUCUCGGAUGUCAAGGCACUCUCAGAGCUCGGAAUUCUCUUCCUGCUCUUCGAGAUGGGUCUGGAGCUGUCCAUUGAGCGGCUGAGGGCUCUCGCUAAGUUUGCCUUUGGCAUGGGCCUGCCACAGGUGCUGCUCACAACGCUCGCCUUUGCAGCAUUCGAGCUCCCACCCGACAACGCCAUGGGCACUCGCCUGCUUGAGUGGGCGGCAUCGGCCCGGCCCGACCUGGUGAACAUUCGAUCAGUGGACGAGGCUAUUGUCAUCGGGGCUGCUCUCUCGCUCUCCUCCUCUGCCUUUGUGCUUCAGCUGCUGUCAGAGAAAGGAGAGCUUGCCACCCGCGUCGGCUCAGCCACUCUAGGAAUUCUGCUGCUGCAGGAUAUAGCAGUGGUUCCUCUACUGGUCAUCCUCCCCAUCCUUGAGAGUGGGUCUAUUCCCCCUGUUGGCAGCAGCAGGCCUCAAGUCCCUGCUGGCCUGGGCGUGCUGCUCUACAUGGGCCGCCUCUUUCCCUUCCUUUACACGCCCACCAACACUCUCCCCUCUCCCUCCCCUUGUGUUUCUCCACAGGAUUUCACCGAUGACAGUCUGUUCCCCCUGUUGGCAGCAGCAGGACUCAAGUCCCUGCUGGGCCUGGGAGAUUUCACCGAUGACAGUCUAUUCCCCCUGUUGGCAGCAGCAGGACUCAAGUCGCUGCUGGGCCUGGGCGUGCUGCUCUACAUGGGCCGGCUCUUUCUCAGAAGGUUCUUUGAGUUUGUCGCCGAGUCUCGCAGCACAGAGGCCUUUGUGGCGCUCUGUCUGCUCACAGUCACUGGGACUUCACUUAUCACCAGCAAGCUGGGAUUCAGUGACUCGUAUUUCUUAGAGGAGUCGCGCAGCACAGAGGCCUUUGUGGCGCUCUGCCACUUGACGGUCACUGGCACGUCCCUCAUCACCAGCAAGCUGGGAUUCAGGGACUCGCUUGGAGCAUUCCUGGCAGGAGCGCUGCUGGCAGAGACAAACUAUCGCACACAGGUCGAGGCGGACAUUCGUCCCUUCAGGGGUCUGCUGCUGGGUCUCUUCUUUGUCGAGGCAGACAUCCGUCCCUUCAGGGGGCUCCUGCUGGGUCUCUUCUUUGUCGAGGCGGACAUUCGUCCCUUCAGAGGUCUGCUGCUGGGUCUCUUCUUUGUGGAGGCGGACAUUCGUCCCUUCAGGGGGCUCCUGCUGGGGCUCUUCUUUGUCACCACUGGCACCUCCAUCGACCUCAGUCUCCUAGCAGCGGAGUGGCCCAACAUAUUGCUCCUCCUCUCGGGCCUCAUAGCCAUCAAAACUGCUAUCAUUACCGCGCUCGGCCCGCGUGUCGGCCUCUCCCUCCCCGAGUCCAUUCGCACGGGUCUGCUGCUCUCCCAAGGAGGAGAAUUCGCCUUUGUCGUCUUUGCCCUCGCCAGCCAGCUGGGAGUUCUGCCAGACGAGUUGAAUCGUUUGCUAAUCAUCGUGGUCGUUCUCUCCAUGGCUCUCACACCUCUUCUUGACUCGCUGGGGCGGUCAGCAGCAGAGGCGCUUGAGAAGCGGGAGAGGGAGAGGCGGAAGGCGCUAGGGGAGGGGGAGGAGGGGGACGGGUAG